AUGGAGGACGACAUCCGCAACGCCAACAUCUCCAACCUCAAAUUCUCCUCCCAAAUCGACGGGAUCCUAAAACACGCCGGCCCGCGCGACAACGCCAAGCGCUGGGCGCGGAAUCUCCGCUUCCUCACUUUCGACAACGGCGCCGACCAACACGAUGCCGCAACCUCGACCCCGACCCGGGGGCAAUGCCGGCGAUGCGCCGAGAGGGUCCCGGCGCCGGCGGGGCACAUGUGCGCCGCGCACGCCAACAUCCGGCCCACCCCGGAGUCGCUGGCGGCGUGGGAACUGAAGCUGGCCGAUUUCCCGGACCCGUGCACCCAUGUAGAGGAUUUGACCUGCGACGGGUGCCAGCAUGUUCCUCUCUUCCCGAAUACGGGGACGGUCUCGACGUUCCGGAUUCGAAGGGCUGUGGUGACGGAGGAGGAUGCGGUGUUUUCGGAGUGUCGCCAUUUUGUAGCUGUGUCGUACUGCUGGGAAAGCCAGCCGUCGGAUGAUGACGGCGAGGCAGCGUCUCUUCCGCCGUAUACCGUUAUCGAAGAGGAUGGCACAAAACGCGCGAUGAGGGCUCCCCGCGCCACGAUUGACCGCGUGGUGAGAUUUGCGAGGGAGAAUGGGUUUCGAAUGAUAUGGAUUGACCAAGAGUGCAUCGACCAAGCCAACCCCUCCGAAAAGGAACUCGGCAUCCAGUCAAUGGACCUCGUCUACCAGCGCGCGCACACCUGCAUCGGCCUCAUGUCCACCCUCUGGACCCAAGCCCACCUCGAAGCCCUCCUCCUCCAAGCCGAGCUCCGCCACGAAGACUCCGGCGCCGCCUCCCCCCACCGCCGCGGCGCCGCCCCCGUCCGCAAACCUCGCCCUCCGAUGCAGCACUUCGCCAACGACCUCAUCUCCGCCGUCUUCGCGCUCAUCACCGACCGCUGGACAACCAGAGCCUGGGUCCUCCAGGAAUCCUUCGUGUCCGCCGACCGCAUGCUGCUCCUCUUCCCCCGCGACCCCUCCACCGAUACCACAGGCUGGUGGCUAAUCUGCCACGAAAAGUCCCUCUCCGAGACCGCAGUCUGCAUCCUCAUGCUCCAGGACGCGCUCGAGAACCACGUCCUGCCCUACCUCACCCCGCUGCUCUCUCCUUCCCCAGCAAACCCGUCGUCGUCCAUGGCCGUCGAGCUGUUCGAGAGGGUGCGCUUCUUCUACCCCCGCGCCAUCGACAACGACUUCCGCAUCGGCCUGGGCGCCGACUUCUGGGACCGCAAGCGCUGCGACGCCGCCACCGCGCUCGCCUUCCUCAACCAGCGGGAUCUGUUCCGCGUCGCGGACCGGGUGGCCAUCCUCGCGAACCUGUGCGGGUACGAGCAGCGGCUCGAUACCGUCGAACUCGAAAAGGGCGGGUACGGGCUGUCACAUUGUCUGCUGGCGCUCGCACUCCUCAACGGGGACCUGUCGUUGCUGGUGCCCGAGAUGUAUAAGACGCCGGAGGGGUAUCCGCUGUACUUCACCUUCCUCCACUCCCUCACCCGCACCCUCCGCCUCUCCGACGCAGCAACCCUCACACCCUCCUCCAACACCGCCGUCCCAGACGACCCGCGCCUCUACACCCUCUCCUCCAAAGGCCUCUCCCUCGCCGGCACCCUCUGGAAAGUAACCUCCUUCGUCUCCCUCGAGCCCAUCAAGCUCAAAUACGCCUCCGCCUGGCACCGCGCCAAACUCCCCGGCGUACCCCCCUCAACCCGCCGACAAGCCCUCACGCACAUCCUCCACGAGACCCUCACCCUCCUCAAAGCCCGCAACAUGCUCCAGCUCGCCGACGCAAUCUUCAACUCCACCUCGGACGCAAAGUACCGCGCCCAAACCCCGGACACGCCCCUCGAGUCCGUCCUGCAGAUCCCAGAGGACACAAACAUCGCGAACCGGGAUGGCAUGUUCUGGUUCAGCUGGGCGGUGGCUGAGAAGCUCCCCCACCAGGCCUGGAUCGCCGACCGCAUCAUGGAGCUCGGCGGGGUCUGGGUCGCGGAGCCCGUGGACGCGGGAUACCUCCCCUUCAACCCUCACCCACCAUCCCCCGACCCCGAGUCCGAGCCCGCCGCCGCAGUGCCGGGGGCGGAACAAUGGCCCUCCCUCCUCUCAGACCUCGACCCGUCCGCCAUGAUCUCCUUCUUCCGCUCCACCUCCGCCCACCUGUCCACCCAAACCCACGCGGAACGCCUGCUGCAGAUAUCCCUCCUAACCAAAUUCAUCGACCUCAUGAACGACCGCUUUCUCAGCACCUCAUCACGCUCAAAAUCCGCCAGUCCGCUGCGCAACAUGGUUCCGAUACGGAUGUACUCUGGCCUCCUGGCCGGCCAAAUCUCCGCGUCAGAGUUCACCGACCGCCGGGCUGUCUUCGACCUCGGCGGGGAGGAUGCGCUGGGCACGCUGGUGCUGACGCCGUUCCAGGCACAGCUGGAGUCGAUCCCGCGGUCGAAGACGCGGGGGCUCAGCGUGUCGUGGGUCGUGGAGGAGGUCGAGAGGAGCGAGGAUAGCGGGGUCGGCGAGGAGGAAGAGAUGAGGUUCCGGGUGAUGGGGACGGUGAAGGGGAUGUGGCGGUUUACGUUGCUUCAUUCUGGGCGGUAUACAUUGGUAUGA